AUGUACACCAUGUUGAAGAAAAUAUCGGUUUUAUACCUUCUUUUACUAAUUAUUUUUUCUUUUGAGGCGGCCACAAUCAAAAUGGAGAUAGUUAUAUCAUAUGAUGCUAUGCGUGUAAAUCAUGCAUGGGGAUGUUCUCCAAAACAUCCUCAGUUUUGCCAGAAAACUAAGGUAAAUCCAUAUACGAUACCAAUCACAAAGAAUAGUGAAGCUUUACAGGGUUGA